AGCCCGUUGACCUUAGCCUCUUAGGAUUCAAGCAUAGCUGGCCGGUCACCACCUUCUCGCUAGCACCUCAUUCUCAUUGCAUGGACUGCUUUACAUCUAACCAGCCACAUUCUGCCAUCGUUUGGCUCACGAACCUUCCUCAACUCAUACUCAUCCUGAUGAUUCUGGAAAGGGACCUUCCCAGGUCUGACCUCUCACCUCAUAACCUGAGAGCCUGAAGCCACCCUGUCUUUACCAGCCACCUUUGAACACCCCGACUGAACAAGUUUCAGUGUUCAAGAGUCCACAGGACCAACUUCUCAGCACCCCACACUACUGCUGGCCACUCCCAAAGCACCAUGACACGCCUUUGGGUCCUCUGUCUUGUGCUUUUCCCCUCCUCCUUGUCCUAUCCUGAAAGCUGGCUGCCCCUUAUAAACCUCACUCACCACAUCCUACGUGAUACCAACUCUUCCCUGUUUUCCAACUGCUGGGUCUGCUUGUCCACCCAAACCCAACGGUCCCUAGCAGUCCCAGCCCCUCUGUCCAUUUGGACAGACACACCCAUGAAGCUUCACCUUACCUACUCAGUCAAGCCGUUCCCUGGCUCCUUUCCCAUUAGCGACAUUGAAAGACGCCUCCGGUUCUUCCACCCACUGACUGCCUCCUAUUCUUUCCACAAUCCUGACAGAAGGGCGAUUGCUUUUCUCCAACUUGUCAGCUCAACAGGCAUAUUUCGGAUCAUCACCCGGAUAACUUCUGUGAUAUAUCCUGAUAAGGACCGUUUCUUCGAAUCUGCCCAACGCCCUCUCUGGGGACCACUCUUUACUGAGACCGUUCUCAGGUCACAGGCUCCACUCUGCAUAUCUCGCUUCUUCAAGGUCUCAGCGUAUGCCACUUUUGUAGGCAACCUCUCUGCCUCUCUCUGCAACUACACCCUUCGGAUUUCACCUUCUACCAGUCAUGAAAACCUAGAUCUUUCCACCACCCAUCUAUUCAAACAGGCAAUGAAAAGACCCGAUGCCAAAUGGAAAAACCCACUCCGUUUUUCCGGGCCCCCAUCCCUAAUCUUCUCGAAGCCGUCUUACUAUCCCUGCCCAACAGACAUCAAAUACUGCCAUACCUCCCCGGCCACUCCCUGGAUGCGCUGUCCUCAGGCUCCCUCCAGCACCUGCUAUAACCUUACCUUAUUUGAAUCAGACAACUUAACCCAUCCCAUUACCAUGUCAGUGGACCCUACCCACUUCAAGGUCAAACUCCAGGGGCACAGAGACCCCUAUCCGCUCUCCCAUUACCAGCCCCUCACGGGAGCCGCCCUGUCUGGACAAUAUUCAGUCUGGGAGAAUGAGAUCACUAUCCAAGAAAACUGGGAUGUCACUUCCAACAUUUUCUCACAUCUUCUCAGCUUCUCGUAUGCCUUCUGUCUCAACUCUUCAGGAGUUUUCUUCCUCUGCGGAACAUCGACUUAUGUCUGCCUCCCAGCUAAUUGGUCCGGCGUCUGUACCCUUGUCUUCCAAUACCCGGAUAUUGAACUCCUCCCCAAUAACCAAACGGUGCCUGUCCCCCUUUUUGCUUCAGUUCUUUCCUCGGCUUCAGCUCUUCGCCAAAAGAGGUCCCCUCAUCUACUCCCCUUCCUUGCAGGCCUGGGUAUCUCUUCUGCCCUUGGCACGGGCAUAGCUGGCUUGGCCACCUCAACUCUCUAUUUCCAACGGCUUUCUAAGGCUCUCUCAGAAACCCUGGAAGAAAUAGCUUCCUCUAUCACUACCCUCCAGAACCAAAUAGACUCGCUCGCGGGUGUUGUUCUCCAAAACCGCAGAGCUCUGGACCUCAUCACGGCCGAAAAAGGGGGGACCUGUCUCUUCCUCCAGGAAGAGUGCUGCUUCUAUGUAAACCAGUCUGGAAUAGUCCGGGACGCGGCAAGGAAACUCCGAGAACGAGCAGCUGAACUCAGCCAGCAUUCUGACUCUUGGGGACAGUGGCCCGACCCUGGCCUCUGGCUGCCCUGGCUGACUCCCUUUCUGGGACCUCUUCUCUUCAUCUUCUUGCUACUGACAUUUGGGUCUUGUCUUCUGAACUGCCUAACCCGUUUUGUGUCCCAGAGACUUGGCUCCUUUGUCCAGGACACUGCCAAAAGGCACGUGGACAGCGUCCUCCAAAAUUUGCAAUAUAAAAAACUGCCCCAAGACUCCCCAGAUGAGGACACCAUUCCUGUGUAACAGGAAGAAGUUGUGAGAGUACCAGCUAUACCCUCCUCUCUACCCAGUUAAUAGAAUCCAAGACAGGACUGUUAGUCAUGGCCUCAUGUUUGUAUCAGUGUUGAUUCCAGAAACUACAGUAAUUUGGCUUCCAGGAUUAAAAUUACUUAUUUUUCUAGAUCUGAGCUCCUUCUGCCUUUUCAGUAGCCCCCACCCCAGGCAUGACCUCACCUGACAUUCUUUAAUUUAUCACUCACCUUACUACUUAGCUACUCUUAGCAACGGCCAAGUGGAGGCCAAAGAAGGAAUGUUUCCAGUGCCCUGCCUGUAAGUGGAGAGUGGGUUCUCUUAUACUAGAGACUUUUUUUCCCCAGGCUUGUGCUGCCAUGGAGUGGCUUGUUCCU